GUCCCAGCAACCUCCCCAGCAGUUCGAAGAGAAGAAAUCUGCGCGCGCCGUGUACUACGGGAGGAAGAAACAACAACAAAAAAGAAAGAGAGAGAAGCAGCGGUUUCUGGUAUCCAUACACUUUCUCCGGGAUUGUAAGGGGAUUUCAAUGAACAGCCUGCUCUUUAGUUUCAGUGCUGAUUUGGGUCGCACAUUUAUGGCGUUUGUGAGGGUCAGCGGAGACUUCUGCCAGGCACAGCACCUCUCCUUUGUGGACAAGUGAACCGACAGCCCCCCACAAAGAGACUACGCUACCCAGAAGCCCCCUUGAAGCACACACUGGCACUGAAGCUGCUCUCUCCUGCUGCCCACUGGGGCCACUUGUAGUCCGUGGCCAGAACUCCAAAGCAACCAAUCACCAACUCCUACCUGCAUUUACUCUCAGGCCAGCCAGUCAGAACCACUUUUCUGAAUGGGGUAAUCUGAUUGGAUGUCUGAAGGAUAAGUCCCUUUUCUUUUCUUUUGCCCCCAGUAGAUUUCCCUUCUUCAUUUGUCCUUUUUUAUUGACCAUUCCACUGUUCUUGUAAUUUCAUAUUUUUUUAUUUAAUUUUUAUAUAAAUACUUCUACUUCAAACCUCACUGAGAUCUGAGCCAAAGAUCUUUUUUGAUUAUAUACAUCAUUUUUUGCAAGCUCUCUCUUUUUUUGAAAGAGCAUCAUUUUUCUGGAGUAUUCUUUUUUUGGUAAAAUUCUGCCAACAUGAACCGCCCGGCCCCAGUGGAGAUAACGUACGAGUGCAUGAGGUUCCUCAUUACCCACAAUCCCACCAACGCGCAGGUCAUCAAGUUCACAGAGGAGCUGAAGAGGUUUGGGGUGCAGACGUUGGUGCGGGUGUGUGAAGCCACAUACGAUAAGGCUCCCGUGGAGAAGGAGGGGAUCCAGGUCCUGGAUUGGCCCUUUGAUGAUGGUGCCCCGCCCCCUAAUCAGAUCGUUGAUGAUUGGCUGAACCUGCUGAAGACCCGGUUUAGGGAGGAGCCAGGCUGCUGCAUCGCUGUGCACUGUGUGGCUGGACUGGGCCGAGCGCCGGUGUUGGUGGCGCUGGCUCUUCUGGAGUGUGGGAUGAAGUAUGAGGACGCGGUUCAGUUCAUUCGCCAGAAGCGGCGCGGGGCCUUUAACUCCAAACAGCUGCUGUACCUGGAGAAGUACCGGCCCAAAAUGCGUCUGCGCUCCAAAGACGCCCUCGGCCCCAACUGCUGCGUUCAGUAAGACCUGAGCCUGGACAGACAGACGGACAGACAACUGCUGCGUUCAGUAAGACCUGAGCCUGGACAGACAGACGGACAGACAACUGCUGCGUUCAGUAAGACCUGAGCCUGGACAGACGGACAGACAUACAGACAGACGGACAGACAACUGCUGCGUUCAGUAAGAGCUGAGCCUGGGCAGACAGACGGGCAGACAGACAGACAGACAGACAACUGCUGCCUUCAGUAAGACCUGAGCCUGGACAGACGGGCAGACAGACAGAUGGACAGACAACUGCUGCGUUCAGUAAAAGCUGAGCCUGGACAGACAGGACGACGGACAGACAGGCGGACAGACAGGGCGACGGACAGACAGCUGCUACAUUCAGUAAAAGCUGAGUCUGGACAGAUGGACAGACAGGACGACAGACAGACAGACGGACAGACAGGGCGACGGACAGACAGCUGCUACGUUCAGUAAAAGCUGAGUCUGGACAGAUGGACGGACAGGACGACAGACAGACGGACAGGAAGCUCAGAAACAGGCUAGCGCUAGCUCCACAUGUCAAACGGAGUCCGGGGGAAGAACAGCACAUCUGCAGCGGCAUCUGUGGACUCACAGUCAGAGCACAUAGGAAGGGCUCAGCCAAUGGGCUCGCAUUUCAAAAAUUUAAAAAAUCCUGCCUGGUUACCGCUGUCCAAUCAUGGGCCAGAGUUUUUAAAAACACAAGUCCCCACUGGGUGACCAGUGUCCAAUCAUGGGAGAGCUUGUAUUUAGCACAGAGGAGGAUGCUGUAAAAGCCUGUAAGUGUGUGCAAGCCUCAUUAAUGUUGUGAAGGAUUGCAUUAUGAUUUUAUUAUUGUUUUUGUUUUUUGUAUUAUGAAUGGUCCCGAAUCUGCCUGAGGGUGGAGUGUAUAAUCCAUUCAUUUCUGAUUUCUGUGCACCCUGAUACACACACACACACACACACACACACAUGCGCGCACGCGUGCACACAUGCACGCACACACACUACACACAUACACACUCAUGCACCCACAUACAUACAUGUACACACAGAUACAUACACGUGCACACACGUACGCAUACAUGCCCACAAAUGCACGUACACACACACACACACACACAUACACAAACACGCGCACACAUUUUUGUGUAAGUCUUUGGGGAGAGUGGGUGUACAUGGAGAGAAACUACAAAGCAGUAGCCAUUUUACAACUCUGUCAUUUUAUUUUAUUUUUUUAAAUCACGGGACUUGUAAUUUUUUGUACAGACAAAAGUUCCAAACUGUCCUGUUAAAUGCAGCUGUUUUUUUGUAUGCAGUUUCCUGAAGUCACUUUGAACACACAGCGCUUCUGUGCGUCUGUCUUCUCACUGUGUACCCUGCUCUCUCACCAUACACUGGAGUGCAAUAUCAGCUCUGUGUGAGUCCAGCUCCCUAAGCCCCUCCCCUUCCUGUGACUGUCAGCACUUCCUGCCCCCUACAGGAAGUGACAUGGUUAAUGUUAGGUACUAGUCCUGGAUGUGAAACGCUGGCUUGGCGUGAGCGUUUCCCGUCUUUUCUGCGUCCCUGGCGUCUCCACGCUCUCCUUCAGUUUUUACUUUUCAAAUAAAAUGAGUUUCCUCAACUUUUAAAACAG